AUGGCCAAGGCUCGGGAAGCGCCCAGAUGGGAGCUUCUGUCGCGGCGCUUGAAUGAGGUUGAUGAGGGCUGCUCUGCUGCUUCCUGGAAGGACGAACGCAUGGGAGAGGAGGAAGCUGGCGGCAGGUUGCCGGAGUGUGCGGGCUGCAGACAGCACAUCUAUGAUCAGCAGUACCUACAGGCCCUGGACUCGGACUGGCACACGCUGUGUUUCAGGUGCUGUGAGUGCGGCGCGUCUCUCUCUCACUGGUACUAUGAGAAGGACGGCCGUCUCUUCUGUAAGAAGGACUACUGGGCUAAGUUUGGAGAGCUGUGUCAUGGCUGUUCAGAGCCCAUCACCACCGGACUCAUCAUGGUCGCCGGAGAACAGAAGUAUCACCCAGAAUGCUUCACCUGUCUGAGCUGCCGAGCGUUCAUCGGUGAUGGAGACACGUAUGCUCUGGUGGAGCGAUCCAAACUCUACUGUGGACACUGUUAUUAUCAGACGAUCGUGACUCCGGUCACCCUGCCCGACUCGCCGUGCUCCAGGAUUCCUCACACGGUCACUCUAGUGUCCAUUCCUGCCUCCACCGAUGGGAAACGAGGCUUUUCUGUGUCCAUCGAUCAGGGCUCCAGUCCCAACGGCUUCAGCCCCGAACACACACACACCGUCAGAGUCUCCAAGGUGGACCCAGAGUGCAUCAGUCCAGACGUCAAGAACUCUAUUCAUGUUGGCGACCGGAUCCUGGAGAUCAAUGGAACCCCAAUCCAGAACGUUCCUCUGGACGAGAUUGAUUUGCUGAUCCAGGAGACCAAUCGUCUGCUGCAGCUGACCAUUGAACAUGACCCUCAUGAUCACGGCCCCUCAGAGGACCAGGUGGACGGACCGACACCCCCGUCUGAGGGGCCCAGCCCCAUCACGCCCAUCACACGGCCCCCCAGCCAGGACGUUAACAACCUGCGCUCGCGGAUCAUCACGCGCAGUUUCAGUAUCGAUAAAUCUCCGUGCUCCAGUAACACUCCGUCUCCACUGUCUCUGAGGAAAGACAUCGGCCGCUCCGAGUCGCUUCGCAUUGUGUCCAGCCGCACACACCGAAUAUUCAGAGCCUCCGACCUGAUCCACGGAGAGGUUCUGGGUACAGGCUGCUUCGGACAGGCCAUAAAGGUGACUCACAGAGAGACGGGAGAGGUGAUGGUGAUGAAGGAACUCAUUCGAUUCGACGAGGAAACACAGAGGACCUUCCUCAAAGAGGUGAAGGUCAUGAGAUGUUUGGAUCAUCCCAACGUGCUGAAGUUCAUCGGUGUCCUCUACAAAGACAAGCGGCUCAACUUCAUCGCUGAGUACAUCAAAGGAGGAACGCUGAGAGAUAUCAUCAAGAUUAUGGACAGCGGUUAUCCUUGGAAACAGAGAGUGAGUUUUGCCAAGGACAUCUCCUCUGGGAUGGCGUAUCUGCACUCCAUGAACAUCAUCCACCGAGACCUCAACUCACACAACUGCCUGGUCAGGGAGAAUAACAGUGUUGUUGUGGCGGACUUCGGACUGUCCCGACUCAUGGUGGAGGACAAGAAUCAGGACAAGCUGUCCUCGGGACAGAUCCCAGGCGUGAGGAAACCCGACCGGAGAAAGAGAUACACCGUGGUGGGAAACCCGUACUGGAUGGCUCCUGAAAUGAUUCACGGGAAGAGCUAUGAUGAGAAGGUGGACAUCUUCUCGUUUGGCAUCAUGCUGUGUGAGAUCAUCGGCCGAGUCAACGCUGAUCCCGACUGCAUGCCCCGCGCCAUGGACUUCGGGCUGAACGUGAAAGAGUUUUUGAAGGAUCACUGCCCGUCUGACUGCCCGACCGCUUUCUUCCCCAUGGCGGCGCUCUGCUGCGAUCUGGACGCUGAGAUACGGCCUGCGUUUGUGAAGCUGGAGUCGUGGCUGGAGAACCUGAAGAUGCACCUGGAGAUGGGCCUUCACCUGGUGUCCGAGCUGGAGCUCAUUCAUCAGGACUUCUUUAAGAAACACUCGAGCAGCAAGAACAUCCUCCACACGCUCCCAGAGUAACAGCGGCGUCUCCUCACAACAGAUGCUCCGAGCGGUGUGAUGUUCACGUCUCACUCGCUCUGACUCUUCUGAGGCUCGAGGAGACGUGAAUGCACCAGAACACACCAGACUCCUGCAUCAUCAGUGUUUUCGUUGGGUUCAUCACGCUUAUAGUCCUCGCGUCGGGCAUUUCCCGCAGUGUAAAUAGAGUUAUAUUGUAAAUGUGCAGACAUUAUUUUGAAUAAUGAAUGUUUGCUGAGAUGCAAGUCCUCAUGAGAAGAUCAGGAAGAUAAUGACCUGUCCGUGUCCGACUUGUGAAACGUCAUACAGGUCAACUCUAAGCUUCAUGGGACUCUCCUCUUACCCCCAAAUCAAAAAUACAUCUAUAUAUGUGUUUUGCAUAAAACACUGAAGCCUUUUUUUGAUGAUGAUGAUUUAUUAUUUAAAUUGUAAAGUAAUAUGCAUUUGUUGUAAUGAAUGUAUUUUAUGGUGAUUUCUCACAAAGGUCUUCACAGGCUUCGUGUUCUUGUGUAAAAUCGGAUUUCUGAUAUCUUUCUUUUGAUUUGGGGUUGAAUCUCGUCGAGUUGACAGGACUUCCUGUGGUUUGCGGUGAUCUCAUCCAAUCAGAGCGCUCGGUACUGUUGGACUGAUCUGGAGGAGUUUGUUUGAAAAGCAGAGCCUGAUUUGAAACCUGCAUGUGGGACAGAGCGUCUCAGGGUCGAUCCUCACUGAGUGUGUGUGUGUGUGUGUGUGUGUGUGCGUGUGCGUGCGUGUGUGUGUGUGUGUGUGUGUGUGCGUGUGUGUGUGUCUCCUCAUGGGAGCUUCAGCUUUACACAACACCAUUGGUGUAAAUAUCUCCUCUGGAUGCGCUGUGUCACUGUCACGUCCUCCACUACUGAUCCAGCUGUUCUCGUAAAGAUCAACAGAUGUUGUUUAGAAAACACAAAGGAGGAACGCCAGGAAAGCACGUGUACAGACAGAAAAAAGUAAAAACAGACUCUUCUUUGCUCUUCUUGAAUAGAACCACUAUUUUCUCUUUUCUAAAAUGUUGAAAUGCUUUGAUUUGCACUAUGUGUGAAAGCGGCUGCUUCCUGUGGUUUGGUGACUGUAUGAAUGCACUUCACUGAUGGAGCCGCGGGCCCCGAGCAGCAGAUGCACGACGGAUGGAAAGAGCUUCUGAUCCCAGUGCAGUUACUAAUAUAAAGCACCUCAUCAAAGCUGUCGUUGAAUGACGGUGUUCACUAUCAGUGUUCUGACCGUGUCCAAACAGAUAUUCGACUCUUGCUUAAUACUGUGUGCAUCAGAAGCAGACCUCAAGCCAGUUACUGCUUUCCUUACUGACAAACACCAGCUUGCUUUAUUAGGAUAAUACAUAGGCUUAAAGGAUUACUUCAACCAAAAAUGAAAAUUCAUUAAUUACUCACCAUCAUGUCGUUCCAAACCAGUAAGACCUCCGUUCGUCUUCGUACCGAUCUACUUGCUAUGUUUCUGGACCUUGAUCAUGUGAGGAUCCUUGCUGUCUACGAAGGGUCCGAGAGCUCACGAGAUGCAUCAAAAAUAUCUUAAUCUGUGUUCUGAAGAUGAACGAAGGCCUUAGGAUGAGUAAUUAACUCCUGAAUUUUGGAGCCUUGUUGAUUUUAUUGGAUAACAACAAUCUCAGUAUUGCCAUUAACAAAAAGCCAAAUUACUAUGAAAGUCAUUGAGAGAGUUGAUGAUGAGUGCGGUGUUAGUGUUUCUGUGCUGAGUCUGCAGCUGGACACACUCAGAAAGAACACUUCUUAGACGUCCAACUCAGGGACCCGCUGCUGUCCAAGAAGGUCACGUCGUGUCACGCUUCAUAUCUGUUCACAAACUCAUGUGCAUCAGAGAGAAAGUGCUGAGGAAACCAGAAGUCCAUCUGGUGACAGAAUGCUGCAGCUUCUCCUUUUGGAAGCGAUGCUUUUACCUCUCCACAUCGCUGUGCCUUUGUUUUACGCUAGCUUUGCCAACGACUCGUCGUGUGUUUUGAGUUAAUGUCAUCAUCGCUGUUUCAGUGAGGACAGUUUCAUGUUCCACGUUUCUGUGUUCAGUUUGAUGUUUCAGGUUUAUGGUUUCCUGUGAUUUAAUGUUUCUGCUGAAGCUGUGAAAAGGACUGCACUUUAAAGGUACUGGCUGUGAUGGAGGAGAAUAAAGUGAUGCUCCUGAUGACA